GGGGAUGCGGCUGGAGAAGACGGUGAAGAUCGUGGAGCUGGACCCACAGAAGAAGGGAGUCAACGGCGUGCAGGAGGAGCGGGUCAAGGCCGCCGACCUCUCGGACAUCGUCCCCAACACCGAGUCGGAGACCAAAGUCAGCAUCCAGGGCAACCCCGUGUCCAUCAUGGUGGAGAAGGCCAUCGAUGGGGCCAAGCUGAAGCACCUGAUCGUGACGCCGUCGGGCUGCGGCGAGCAGAACAUGAUC